AUUAAUAUUAAAUGGCGUACAUAUAAACACGAUCACGAUAUGUAGUGACCAGAGUAUUGAAAUCGAAGUGACCAUUUAUUGAAUUUUAAAAGUGGACAUACCAAAUGCCAUUACUCAAUAUAAACCAAGAGACAAGGUGGUCUUCAAAUUCUACCUCAAAGCAAUGAAACCACAACUCUCCACAUUCCCUCUCAUCCUCCUCGUCUCCAUCUGCUGCACCCUAACACGGGGACAGUCCCCGGCUGCAGCCCCAUCCCCGGCCCCCGCAGGCCCCACGAACGUGACGGCCAUCCUGGAGAAGGCCGGGCAGUUCGGCACAUUCAUCCGCCUCCUGCAGAACACGAAAGUAGCGGACCAGAUAAACACGCAGCUCAACAGCUCCAAGCAAGGCGUCACCAUCUUCGCCCCCACCGACAGCUCCUUCUCCAACCUCAAAGCCGGCACGCUCAACUCCUUCUCUGACGAGCAGAAGGUGGAGCUCAUGCAGUUCCACGUCCUCCCUUCCGUCUUCUCCCCCUCGCAGUUCCAGACCGCCAGCAACCCCAUGCGCACCCAGGCCGGCGGCAGCCAGGGCUCCUACCCGCUCAACGUCACCGCCUCCGGGAACCAGGUCAACAUAACCACCGGCGUCACCAACGCCACCGUGGCCGGCACCGUGUACACCGAUGCCCAGCUCGCCGUCUAUCAGGUUGACCACGUGCUGCUUCCUCUCAGUUUUUUCACGACUCUGUCGCCGGCUCCUUCGCCUUCCAAGCCCGGCAAGGCUGCCCCGGCACCAGACUCGCCGCCCGGAUCUGAUGCCACUCCGGAUUCUUCUCAUGCAAAUGUAAUUACUACAAAGAUGGUCGCCUGCGCGAUCCUGUUCUUGGCGGCAUUCGCUUGAAUUCUUCUACUUGAUGCUGUUGCAUUAUCAGCUACAAGAUUUCUUUUGAGUAAUACAUACAAGCCAGUCAUUUUUUGGUUAUAAAGUUUCGAUCUUUGAAAAUAAGGACUUCAACACAUAGCUACAGCCUACAUAGCAUAUUUCUGUAUCUUUAAAUAUUUUGACAUGGUGCACUAUAUUAAUGGCUUCCUCUUCUGGAUC